AUGCUACUAAGCCUAUAUAAGCAGGUUACUGCUAGCAGGGCCUCCUUAACAUUACUAAAAGGCAAGGCCUGCAGUAUACUUAAAGCAGCUAGUGGCCUGCUAGUAAGGGUUAAGGGCUAUAAAGCUAUCCUCUCCUACUAUACCAUUACGCUUAGCAUAAUAAAGGGUAACUAUGCAGCUGCUAAGUUUAAGCAGUUAUACUUAAAAAUUUUAAACCUUAGCUUUAGUCUAGUUUAUCUAGCUUAUAUAAGCGCUAUAAGUGCUAGCAGAAAUAUUUACCUUAUGCAGCUAAAGACUGCAGCAGGGGUGUUUAAAAAGGGAAUUAAAGCCUAUCUGCUUACUAAAUGUUAUAUACAGCUAAAUUAUAGCUAUUUACUAUCCCUUACUGCAGAUUUUAAGGCUAUAAGAGUUAGGAAGGUUCUAAAGUGUACUUUAUAUAUCUUUAUAUACUAUAAGUAUAGUAUACUAGCAGUUAUUUUUAAGGGCGCUAAAUAUUAUAACUAUAGAAUUAAUCCUACUGCUAUUUUUAUUACUGCUGCCUUUAGUACUACUGCCUUUACUACUGUUUUUAUUACUAUCUUUACUGCUACUGCGCCUAUUACUGCUAGCAUGCUUCUUAAUUCUAGUUAUAAAAGUGCUAGUAUAAGCGCAGUAAAUUUAGGUUACUAUAGCCUAGGCAUAUUAAAGCCUCUUUUAGCGCUAGCUAAAAUUAAUAAGCUUAGUAUAAAAGGGCCUUAUAGGCUUAAUUUAAGGAGCUAUAGGAGGGUAGCUGUUAGGAUGCAGCAGCUGUAG